UGUAACUUCGUUUUUCUGUAGUUUCCUGUUUUUUUUUUUUUUUUGUUUUUGCCGGUCUCGUGCCAUGCAGUCGUCGUCGUGUAAAGUAAUUAUAAUAUUAUUUAUAGUUGUCACGGUGGAAACGUACACACCUCCCAAAGAUGAUCCUCCUUGCGAUUGCGAUCAUUGUAUUGAUGACGUAAAGGUAAAGGUUGAUGAAUCUAAAGGAAAUAGAAACGUAUCGGCGUUGCAAUUGUUGCACAAAGAGGAUAGCGAUGGUGAUGGCAAUCUCGCUAUUUGCGCUCGAAAUCGCGAAUUCAAUGAUCGUACCUUUCCAAGCGUUUGUCAUAUGUUGUGUUACAAUCGCUGUUUGAUACUACGAAUUUCGACUGUCACCGUGAAUGACACGAUCAAACAUGUCGUGAGAGCGUUUAGAAACAAUUACUACAAGCUACGGGAUGGAAAAUGUUGAAGGAGUUUUUUUGCCUUCGUAAAUUCGUCGGUGUGGCUUCAUCUUGUUUGCUGUGAGGGGGUACGACGAGGUUAGUAAAUCAUUUGCAAUUUGUUGCAUCGAUAUAUACGAAAUAUGAUUGAAGAUUAUAGACAUGUAUGUUCUACAUGAAUAAUUUGAACGCGAAUAUUUUAUAAAUUGGAAAAUAAAUAUAUUUACAUCGAAA